AUGGGUUUUCGUCUUCCUCACAUCUUUGUUUUUCUCACUCUCACACUGGUGGCAAGCCACGCUGCUCUACCACCUCAGCUUUACUGGAACUCUGUCUUGCCAAACACUCAAAUGCCAAAAUCCAUCAGUGAACUUCUCCAGCCUGACUUUGCUGAAGAAAAGGGCACCACUGUCGGCGUUGGGAAGGGAGGGGUGAAUGUCCAAGCCGGGAAAGGGAAGCCAGGUGGCGGCACCAACGUGAAUGUCGGAGGCAAAGGCGGUGGUGUCGGGGUGACCACCGGGAAGUCUGGAGGAGGAACCAACGUUGGUGUUGGCAAAGGAGGAGUAUCUGUGAACACAGGGCACAAGGGCAAGCCUGUGUAUGUUGGAGUGAAGCCAGGACCAAGCCCUUUCGUCUACAAUUAUGCAGCCACUGAGACUCAGCUCCAUGAAAAUCGAAACGUAGCUCUUUUCUUCUUGGAGAAGGACAUACGUCCUGGCACAAGCAUGACCUUGAAGUUCUCUGGAAACUCAAACACCGCGGCUUUCGUGCCACGCGAAACAGCGGAUUCCAUCCCCUUCUCGUCCAACAAGCUGCCAGAGAUUUUCAGCCAGUUUUCGGUGAAGCCAGAGUCUGUGGAAGCUGAUAUAAUCAAGGGGACAAUUGAAGAGUGUGAGAGCUCAGGCAUCAGAGGAGAGGAGAAGUAUUGUGCUACCUCUUUGGAGUCAAUGGUUGACUUCAGCACUUCCAAGCUUGGAGGAAACAUUCAAGCAAUCUCAACAGAGGCAGAGAAAGGAGCCACAUUGCAGAAGUACACAAUUACCCCUGGAGUGAAGAAGCUGGCAGCUGAUAAAUCAGUUGUGUGCCACAAGCAGACCUAUCCUUACGCUGUUUUCUACUGCCAUGCAACAAAAACAACAAGAGCUUAUGUGGUGCCUCUGAAGGGUGCUGAUGGGUUGGAGGCUAAAGCAGUAGCAGUUUGCCAUACAGACACAUCAGAGUGGAACCCAAAGCAUUUGGCCUUCCAAGUGCUAAAAGUUAAGCCAGGAACCGUUCCCGUCUGCCAUUUCCUUCCGAAAGAUCACAUUGUCUGGGUUCCAAAGAAAUCUACAUGA